CAGGCGAGGAGACGUCCGAGGCUCCGCUGCGAUGAGGCUCCGUGUGGCCGGAGCCGUGCUGCUGUCUGCGGCCGCGUACUACGUCUACCUGCCGCUGCCCGGAGGGGUCAGCGAACCCUGGAAGCUGAUGCUGCUGGACGCGCUGUUCAGGAGCUUCAUGCGGGCGAGUGACGUGGCUCACGGGCUGGGCGUGUGCCAUCGGGUCCACCUGUUGAACCAGGUGGUGUCCUGGGUGGAGGAGGUGGAGCCCCGCUCCUGCUCCGCCGUGCACGUGAGCGACUCCACGCUGGGCGGAGUGCCCGCCAGAGUCUUCCAGCCGAAGGGGGGGAGGCAGCUGAAGAGGGGAGUCGUUUACUUCCACGGGGGAGGAUGGGCGCUCGGCAGCGGACGGAUGCGAUCGUACGACCGUCUCUGCAGGAAAAUGGCCGAAGACCUGGACUGUGUCAUCAUGUCUGUGGAUUACCGUCUGGCCCCAGAGGCGGUGUUCCCGGAUCAGUACCGCGACGCGUUGGCGGCGUCGCGGGCCUUCCUGUCCGCUCAGGUUUUGGAGCGCUACGGCAUCGACCCGGAGAGGGUGUGUGUGUCCGGGGACAGCGCCGGGGGAAACCUGGCCGCCGCUGUGGCCCAAGAGCUCAGCUCUGAUGCCUCUCUGAAGGUGAGGUUUAAGCUGCAGGUGAUCUACCCGGUGCUGCAGGCGCUCGACUUCCACACGCCGUCCUACCAGCAGAACCGGGCCGUGCCCAUCCUCUACCGGCCCGUCAUGGCCCGUUUCUGGCUGCAGUACCUCGGCGCCGACGCCUCCCUGGAGCCGCUCCUGCUCGCCAACAACCACAGCGCCCUGGACCAGCCGGCCAUCGGCGCCGCCACGCGCUCCAAGCUGGACUGGACCGCUCUGCUCCCGGCAGAACGCAGGAAGCACUUCCGGCCCGUGGUGAGAGAAACGGGAACGCCGCAGGUGAUGGGGGCGGUGCCGGAGCUGAUGGACGCCAGGGCGGCGCCGCUGCUGGCGGAGCAGGGCGUUCUGGGUCGGACGCCCAAAGCGUACGUGAUGACGUGUGAGUUCGACGUGCUGAGGGACGACGGGUUGAUGUACGUGAGGCGGCUGCGGGACGCCGGCGUCGCGGUGACCAGCGACCACUACGAGGACGGGUUCCACGGCUGCAUGGUGUUCGCCUUCCUGCCGAUGAUGUCCAGCGUUGGACGGAGGAGCAUGAACAACUACAUCCACUGGCUGGACCAGAACCUGUAGACGGAACAGAACCGCUCUGUGGCACCAAAGAGGCACCGGAGCAGAGAGUCCGGUCCCGGAGAGCUCCGGGUUGGAUCUGCAGAGAGGUAACUUUGAUCAUCACAGACCUGAUCACGGGUUUAGAUCCACUGGAUCCUGAGCGAGACGCAGGACAACCAUUUGCAAACACGUAAACAGAACCAAGAAAUCCACUCCAGAGCUCAUCAUAUAACAAUCUGCAUAGAGAGAGGAGUCCUCAAACCCGGACCCAUUACUCAGCAAUUCUCACUUCCUACCAAAACAUUUUGAAUCAAAAGCAACCAAAGAAAGCGAAACUCGCAUCAAAGGCCAUAAAUCCAAUUUGGAGAAUGACAUGAAUGUUUACUCAAGGCUCAAUAUUUUCAAGAGGAACAAAAUCCAGGAGCUUCAGUUUACCUUUGACCUUUAAACGAUAAGACAUUAUUGCAAAACAAGAGGAAACAUUUAAAACAACGUAAAAGUUAAAAAAAAAUGAAAGAAAAUGUGAUUUUAAGAAUUGUUUCCACGAGUUCCGAUGGUUUUAAGAUCCUUUAAGAAUUUUAAAUCAUGUUUCCUAAAACAUACACCUUAAAUUAAAAUUAAAUGAAUGUUUCAAUUAAUCUACUAGUUGUCGGUGUUUAAUAUUUUAUACAAUCAAAUAAUUCAAAAUAGACAAAUAGUUCUUAAAAUAGUUCUAUUGAAAAACACAUCCGUCAAACUCUUCCCAAAGGUGGCUCAUUAUUUUCAUUUUUUUUUUAUUGUUUUUAUUGCUCGUUGUUAUCAAUUUAGAUGAUGUCAUUGUGCAUCCCGAUAUCCUGAUAUGUGAUAAAUUAUCGCAAUGAAUUAUUCCUUAAUUUUAAAUGCUUUUUACUUUGCUUCUUUGUCGGAAAAUCGGCAGAAAUUAAAUUAACAGACAUUAGCAAACGAAUCUGAACUGAGAAUUUUCAGUGACCAUUUUGUGGUGUAAUGGUAAUGGAAUAUAAUUAAAAGGUAAAAAAUGUAUUUAAAACAUCAAUAACCCAAAAGUGGAGCUAGGAAAUCUGAUUUUGGAAAUAUAAACAGCAGUUUAACAUGAUCUUAACUAUCUAUGUAUUGUUUUAAUAAUAACUUUGAGAGAUGUUUUAAAGUUUACCAUUAGUAAACACAAUCAGGACAACAAUUUCAACAACUUCUGGGGGAAUAAAUUCAGAUUUAAAAAGUCAAAUCUGCUCCUUCAAAUAAAAUAAAAAAACCUCAAGUAUCUUUGUGUAAAAACUGAAAAUGAAGAGCCUAGAAUAUUCUGCAACGAGCUCCUUAUCAGACAACUUUAAGAGGUCAAAGUCACGAAGAAGUUUAUCUUUUAGUCCUUUAAGAUGCACUGAAGAACUCUGCUCACACACACACACACACACACACACACACACACACACACACACACACACACACACACACACACACACACACACACACACACACACACUGGUGAAAGUGUGUCAGAGUUCACAGCUGUUUGUUCUCACUGGAUUGUGCAAUAUUGUAUGUUUGAAAGUAUGUGACUCUGUAACUUCACCCUGUGAUGACCACUGAACUGAUGAUGAUGAAGAUGAUGAAGAAGAUGAUGAAGAUGAUGAAGAAGAUGAUGAAGAUGGUGAUGGCUGUGACAUGUAUGUGAGACUUACUGUAUAUAUCGCCACGAGAGAACGGAUCCCAAAUGGACUAUCAGGCCCCCCCCCUCUUACCAGCGAGCGUCAGUCAGACUUUGUUUUUGGCUUUCGGCCCAAAAACGACAGCGAUACGAGACUGAAGCAGAACGUCGGAGCGUAGAACGUCCAGAACUUCACAUUAACCAGAGAACAAUGACGACAUGGUAACAACGGCUGUCAGGAGAAUCUCCGACACUCUGAGAAACAAAGGUGCUAACUAGAACCACAUGGGGUUCUUUGGUUUGUUCUCAAAGAAGAACCACUUUUUGGUUCCCACAUGAAACCCUUCCAGAAGGUUCUAUCUAGGACCAAACAGAAGGGUUAUACCUAGAACCAUCUGUGAAAGGUUCCACUCCUAGUAUGAGAAGGCUUUUUACAGAGAACGGUGUCUGGUUUAAUGGUUCCACCCAGAACCCUCUCUGGAGGUUUUAUCCAGAACCUUUCAACCUUCUAAGGGUGCUGACAAGAACCUACCCAGAAGGUUCUACCGUGAACCUGUUUGUAUUCCAACGGUGUCAUCUGGAACCCACCCAGGGAGUUCCACAGAGAACCCUUUAAUAUUCCAAUAGCUAUGUCUAGAACUCGUCCAAGGGGUUCUACUGUGUUCCCGUGUGGAUUCCAACAGUUUCAUCUAGAACCCAACAAGGGGGUUCUACCUAGAACCCUCUAAUAUUCCAGGGGGUUUCAUCUAGAAACCUUAAGAACCGGGGCUGAUGCGGUUCAGUUCAACUCACAACAAUCCUGGUUCUCAAUCAGUUUUUGGGGUUCUGGGUUUGGUUGUGGGAGGUUAGGGUUCUUUGGAUGAAAAGUUUUUUUUUUUAAUGGAACCCUUUGUCUCACAAAUAAAAACCCUUUCUUUAAAGAGAGGGUUCUUCAGAAGCAAAUUGUUCCGGCUAGAACCUCAGCAGUUCAGGAAGAACCCGUUUGGUACCUUUAUUUCUAAGAGUGUAAAGGGAAACGAUUCAGUUUGUUCCGAAGGUGGAGUUCUGUGAGCCGUUGACCUCCAAACCUUUUCUAGUGAAGAUGACUGUGUUUUAUAUUCAUAUGCAGUAAAAAUACAUCAUUUAUAAAUAAGAAAUAUGAAGGAGGUGAUGCUGUGGACCAUAAACAGAGACCGUUGAAUGUUUCUAAGUGCUAACAUUUUAUGCCGUGUGUGAAAUUGCACAAUAAAUAGUUUAUCUUGUGAAUAAGGUUUUAACAUGAGUCAAGGUUAUGCAACGGGGUUCCUUCAGCCAAGCAGAUCAACACAAGCGGCCCCAGGUGAACUAUUGAAUCCCAUAAAUAAGAUGUUUUAUUGGUUCCUCUGACAACUUUAGCGGUAUGUAGGGGUGACGGGAUCACAAUGUUUUCUUUAUGUCUCUUCUCUUUAAAGAAUGUACUGUAUAUGUGUGUUUACUGAUAACAAGGACAAGAAGUGCUGCAGGAGAUGGAGGUAGACGAGGAGCGCAGGCGGCCAUUUUGGAACUUAAAGGGUGUUUGUUUAGUCUCAACAAACUAAAUUAAAUUUGCCACAACAUUUAAAACCAUAAAACAUCUGCACAAAUGAUUCAGAAUGAAAUAAAACUCAAAUUAUAUAUAUUUUUAUGGUACAUAAUCAUGUUGUGCUGAAAAAUAUGUGGUGAAAUAUGGUAAAAACAUGUUUUUUUUCCCUGUAAAUUGAACCAAGUUUUACUUUCUUUUUGGCCUAAAAAAAUAUAUUCAAAAUGAUCAAAUGAAUUUAUCGAUUAGUUGAUUGAGAGGAAACAAAUCAGCCAUGUUUCAGUCACUUUUCUUUGUUUUAAAAUCAUUGUAAACUUAAUAUUUUAGGGGGUUGUCUGACGUUUUAUAGACUAAAUGAUUAUUUGAUUUAUUGAGAAAACAGUCAGCACAUUUUUCAAUAAUGAAAUCAUGAAAUCAAUCUAAUCACAAGUCCGUUGAGUAGCAGCCAAGAUCAUAACCGUUGAUCAGCUGAUGCAGAUGUUUCUUGAAGGACUUUAAGAUUCAAAGAAAAACGAGGGUUAGUUGCAGACAUGAUCACACAAUGUGAAAAAAUCCCAUUAUAUAUAUAUAUAUAUAUAUAUAUUUAUAGUUUAUAUAAGUGAUUUUAAGAUUGUGAACAUGAAUAUUAAUGUGCAAUAACAUCACGUGUUUUAUCAGCUGAUGAAUUUACAUUUAAGGACGUGUAAAACAAAACAUUUAUUCUUUGUUUUAAAGUCAACAAACUGCACUGAGGUAAAUAAAACUAAAGUGUUUAUUAUUUAUACAUAUCACAAACAUAUCUGCCUAGAAUGAGAAUAUUAUCAUCACUGUUUAUGUUGUUUUGUUUACUGCUGCACGAGGAGAAUGUUAACUUCCUGUUUGUUGAUCAUGUGACGUUCAACCUGAGGGUUCACUCAGUUCACCAGCUGACCUCCGAAAUGGCCCCAGAUGUGGUUGUAAAUAAAUUCCUCUUUGCUAUAAUUAAUAAUUGAUAACUGUGAUGUCACAGGGUUCAUGGGGGGAGUCGGCUACUGUAUCUGUUCACACUGUAAAAUGUUCACAAUUCACUAUUUUGUGAUUUAUUUAUGAAAUUAAAGCUUUUAAUGAGA